AUGGAUGCACCAGAUGAUAGAGAUAUCAAAUUUCAGCGCGCAUCUGGGGAAUUACUGAAGGAAUUCGAGGACAAAUUGACCCCGCUUCUGUGGAAGCAAAAUACAACCCAUGGACAGUCUCAAAAGACCGUGCAUAGAUGGUCGCAGGUACCAAAAGCAAGUCGGCUGAUUGAAGUGCUGGAAAGAUUUCAAGAAUGGCCUCAGUUGCUCGAUUCCAAGCUGCAGCCUUUUCUGUCUCAGCUGGUUGAUGCUUUUCUGGUCUAUCUGACAAAGUAUCGUCCGUUUUAUGGGUCAACUAAAGGAAGGGCUCCUUCCCAAACACAGAUUGUUCCUCUGCCGAGAUCAAUAUGCAGACUAUUAUACACCCUUUGCAAGGUACGCGGCGUCAAGGUUAUCAGCCGUUUCUUGAACAACGAGCCCAAAUAUCUAGACCUGAUGCUUCGUGUUUUCAUCGAAUGGGACUCUAUAGUGUCUGAUGCAGAACCUAGACCGGCGACAACCGGAAUCAUUAUACAACCACUCAUAUGGGAGGAACGCUAUAUCAUGCUACUCUGGCUUUCUCACCUGCUGCUCGCUCCUUUCGACCUAGCAUCUAUAUCAUCUGAUGACAUCCCGAUACCGUACGAUGAUACGAAAAUCUUGGAGUCAAUUCCACCCAAUACACCACGACUUGCCAAGGCUAUCAUCUCCAUUGCUGUUCGCUAUGUUGUCACAGCCGGAAAAGAGAGAGAAGCAGCAACACUACUUCUCGCUAGACUAGUUCUGCGGCCGGAUAUGCAACGACUUGGUCUUUUACAUAUUCUUACUGGUUGGGCUUUUUCUGUCAUUCAACCGCCCGCUGAAAGCAAGACACUCCCACCCGUGUAUACGUGCAUAGGUGUUCUGUCAUUUCUCGCGAGACUGGGGGUUUCCGGACAGGUAGAGGAUCUCGCUCCAUUGGUCACGCAACUGUUCGAUAAGACACUUCUCAUAGCGCAAGGAGAUUCGGCAAUCUGUACAAACAUCAGGUCUUCCGCUUCAGCACGAAAGAUGCUUGUCAAGAUUCUAAGGACUUCUGCAACACUAGCCUUGACUUUAGCGGAAAAAGGCGACCCGCACGUGCCAGAGGAUAAAGUGUCAUUCAUAUUGGAGGAAUCGAUUGAUUUCUUUUUGGUAACACUGGCGGACAAAGAUAUGCCUGUCAGAUUUGCCGCAAGCAAAGCUCUUGCUGUGGUAGCACUGAAGUUGGAUGUGGAUAUGAGUGCUGAUGUUGUAGAUGCGGUGACCAGCUCACUGAAUGAAGACAUCCUAUACCAAAAGAACGACGGCGGCCUUGUUACUGCAUUCGCAGCCCAGAAUAUGGACAUGAAAAGCUUGAAACGUAAUCUGAGUGCCGUUGAUCCACACCGCUGGCAGGGUUUAAUCCUCACACUCGCCCAUCUGCUGUUCAGAAGAGCUCCUCCGCCUCGCCAAUUACCCGAAAUCCUACAAGCGCUCGUUUCAGGCCUGGAUUUCGAACAAAGAUCCGCUACUGGUAGUUCCGUCGGAACCGGUGUACGCGAUGCAUCUUGCUUUGGUAUAUGGGCCGUUUCACGCAAAUAUACCACCAAGGAAUUGCUGUCUCUAAGCACUGGUACCGUCAAGGCACCCACAGAACAAGAAGAACCUACCAUCCUACAGAUGCUGGCUGUGGAGCUGGUCUGCGCUGCUUGUGUAGAUCCAUCGGGAAAUAUUCGCCGUGGUGCCUCUGCUGCCCUGCAAGAGCUGAUCGGCCGUCAUCCUGAUACCAUCCUUGAAGGUAUUCCUCUGGUGCAAGUCGUGGAUUACCAUGCCGUAGCACGACGCUCAAAAGCCAUGAUUGUAGUUGCACAUGGCGCUGCGCUGAUUGAUAGUGCGUACUGGAGCCCUCUUGUUAACUCCUUACUUUUUUGGCGAGGAAUCGGGUCAUCGGAUGCAGAAUCUCGUCGUACCGCAGCGACGGCGAUCGGUGAACUGUGCAAACAAGACUCUUUCAAAUCUAUUCACACCGUCCUCAAGCGCUUGAACUCGCGUCUAUUGACUAUUGCACCGACUGAUGUGGAAACCCGCCACGGCUGUCUCUUGGCUUAUGCAGCUGUUGUGGAUGCUUUCACUUCUCAGUACCAAUCUGACCCAGAACAUAAAGACGCAGCAACCGUGAAGGAGAUGGUACUGCAACUAUGGGAGAUAUUCAAUUCAUCACAUGGCCCAACAAAGGAUGAUCUCACGCAGCAGACUGCACGACCCGAACUCACCGCCGAGGCAGCAUCAUGUCUCAUCACAUCUCUUGCGCGUGCCGUAGGUAAAUUUUCACUCGAAGAAAGUGUUCCUGAACCUCUGCUCGAGAAAGCUCUGGAGUUUCUAUUACUUUGCGUAUCCCGCGGCGAAGACGUCGCAAUCAACUCUUCCUCCGCAGCCGCAUCACAGCUAUUCCGUAUCCUCCCCUCGGGGAAACAGGAAGAAACAGUAUACGGCUGGUUCAGCAAUAUUCAAGCAAGCUGGAAAUCCGCAAGCGGGCGUGGUCAAAUCUCUGCCUUGGGUGCUGUGUUUCAUCGAUUGCCUGACAGUAGCAAUAUUCGCUCGUUUAUUAUCAAGGAAUUGAUUCAUUGUACCAAGGACGAGGAGUUUAUUGAGAAGAGAGUUUCUGCUGUACAGUGUUUAGCGAGUGGUGUUUUGCCUAAUAUUCAGAUUUCGGACUACCUAGCAGACCAUAUUGUCGAAUUCCUCACCGAUUAUACGACAGAUCGACGAGGAGAUAUCGGAUCCUUUAUUAGAAUCGAAGCGACCCAAGCUGUCCAAAUCGUUCUAGACCAGACCAAAGCCAGUAACACGCCAAACGAAGCCGCUGUAUACAUCGAUCGAUUCAUUGGAUGUCUCUGUCGACUAGCAGCCGAGAAACUAGACAAAGUGCGAUUCCAAGCAUGGACCUGUUUGCAGCAGUACUGGAAACAUGCUUCUCAUCUACCACCUAUGGAAAGACAAUUCGAACACUUCAGUCAAGUCUCCUCCUUCAACUACUUCCACCAACUCCUCCAACUCCUCCAAAUUGACACCCUCCGCCGCCCACUUGUGCAGGGUCUGAUUACCUCCGCCAGCGCCGGAACAGAGGGUCUGAUCCAAUCCUCUCGUUUCGCACUAAUCGAUUUCAUCGAGAGCCAACCCAGUGACGAGAAGAAGUAUGAAUGGGCCAACAAACUCAUUGAAGAUAUUAUAUCAAUCCUCGAGACGAAUUUAGUUGAUGAUCGAUACGCCGUCCCGGCAUUGGAGAUUUCAGCGUUUUUGGUGGAUAUGUAUAUCUCCGAAGCAGCUGUUCAGGCGAAUAAAGCCUGUCUCAAAAAACUCUUCCUCCUCACGCAAAAAGCGCAUUUCAAAUCAUCCAACAUCCCUCGCCUGGAGGGCGCCAUCAAGGUCUACGCAUCCCUUUCACGGGCACCCGAGUUGAGGACAGACAUUCUAAAAAAGCUUACGGCAAUGCUGUUGCAUCCUUAUCCAAAGAUUCGGAUAGCUGUUUCUGAUUCGUUGUUUAUGACUACUCAGUCUGAAUUAGUCAAGGAUGAGGAUUGGACUGUACCGCCGAAGGAGUUGAAGAGUGCUGUUGAGAAGUUGCGAGGUGAAUUAUUGAAUUGA